UCUCUCUCUCUUCAGUCUCGCUCUUCCAGGAAGGGAUUAUUAACCAGCGCGCUGCCGACAUGUGAAGGAAAACACUCGCAGACAAAAGAAGUUUUCACACUGAGCCGCGCUAUGGAGCUGGAAAGAUAAAAAAAAAGCAGAAAGAAGCGGGCUACAUGAGAAAAACAACUUCUCCCACAGUAACGAGCCGAGCAGUCGAGCUGCCGCCGCCGCCGAGCGGGUCUGUGUAGGAGCGGAGAGCAGAUAAAGAAGAGAGCGGAACGGAAAAGUGGAAGGAGACGGAGAGAAGUUGACGGGAGAUAAUGUCUGAAUCCUCCUCCGCUGCGACCAAGCAGGAGAGGAGCUCUUUCAGUCCUUCCGCGAACCCGCUGCCAAACUCCACUUCCUCCCCCGUCCAUGCUCCCGCCGCGAGGCCAGCCAGCCGAAUGGAAGACGAGCCUGCCAGGCUGCCUGCGCACCUGCGUUUGCAGCCGGUUUUCUGGAGCAGGGAGGACGUGGCCCAGUGGCUGCGAUGGGCCGAGAAGGAGUUCGCCCUGCGGCCGAUCACCAGUGGCUCUUUCCAGAUGAAUGGCAAAGCCCUGCUGCUGCUCACCAAGGAGGACUUCCGCUACAGAUCCCCCCACUCUGGGGACGUCCUGUAUGAGCUGCUGCAGCAAAUCCUGAAGCAGAGGAAGCCCCAUGUGUUUUACCCAUCUGCCUAUUUCCCUGGGAACUCCUUCCACUCGCUGCCUGAGAGCGCCGUGCAGCACCUGAAGCUCGAAGAAACGGUACGACGGGGACCACGUGGUGCGGAGCCAAUCCCCCAGCAUCCACCAACCAUUGAGCUGCGGCACCGCUCCCGCUCCCCUCACCAUCCAACCCCGCGACGAUCCCCCCUGGAGCCGAACCACCCUCGCCCCGCUAACGAUGACUCCCUGCAAACCUUCUCCCAGCUGCCCGACAGCAACCACCACCUGCCCGAGGAAAUGUACCCUCUGUCGGUGUCCCCGGCCGCACCAAACGGGCGCUGCACGACGCCCCGAGACCCCCCUUGCCCAGGCAGCCCUGGGGGCCAGGAGGCGGGCCCUCCUCGCGUCAUCCAGCUCAUGCCCAGCACCAUCAUGAACCCUCUGCUCCUCAGCCCGAGCAGGAGCGGUGGCGGGGGUGCCGGCAUGGACUUCAGGCACAGCCGCGGCGGACCCCUGUCUCAGGCCACGCUUGAGAACGGGCGCGAAGGCAAAGUCCACGGCCACCACCAUGUGCUGCCACUGGCACAGCAGCAGCAGCAACAGCAGCACCUUCUGCAGCAGGAGGAGGCGCUCUACAGGAACCACGUCAUCAUGCCAGUGUCUCCUCCAGAGGAGCAGCAGAUGCCCAUUGGAAGGAUAGCAGACUGCAGGCUGCUGUGGGACUACGUCUACCAGCUCCUGUCAGACAGCAGGUACGAGAACUACAUCCGCUGGGAGGAUCCAGAGAACAAAGUCUUCCGCAUCAUGGACCCCAACGGCCUGGCUAGGCUCUGGGGCAAUCACAAGAACAGGACAAAUAUGACGUACGAGAAGAUGUCGCGAGCACUGAGACACUACUACAAACUGAACAUUAUCAGGAAAGAGCCAGGACAAAGACUUCUGUUCAGGUUCAUGAAAACCCCUGACGAGAUAAUGAACGGACAGACGGACCGGCUGGAGCACCUGGAGUCCGACACAGACGAACAAAUCUACAUCAAAGAGGAAUGCUGAGGAAAUCUGAGAAAAAAA